UUGACGCAAUUUGCAAAUGGCCGUGAAAAGGACCGAACCCGGGUUAGGUUUAUGAAAAGCUAAUGGUGGUAGAGUUCGUACUGAAAAACUUGUGAUUUUAAACUUGAUUCAGUGUGGUGACGUUACAAAUAUUCAAAAUGUGCCAAAAAGUGAGAAUCCAGUCUUAAUGGUGGUAUAAGAAUCGCUACGCACCGUCGGAGGGACGAUAGCCGAGAAUUUGCAGAGGGACGGGUGGUGCAAGAGUAGAGGUGGAGUGUUCGCUGGACUAGCGGGAUGAACGAGCUGGACAGUCUGCGGCAGGAGGCCGAGAGCCUGAAGAAUGCUAUACGGGAUGCUCGCAAGGCGGCGUGCGACACGUCGCUGGCGCAGGCCACCGCCAACCUGGAGCCGAUCGGGCGCAUCCAGAUGCGCACGCGCCGCACCCUGCGCGGCCACCUGGCCAAGAUCUACGCCAUGCACUGGGGCUCCGACUCGAGGAACCUGGUGUCGGCCAGCCAGGACGGCAAGCUGAUCGUGUGGGACAGCCACACCACGAACAAGGUGCACGCCAUCCCGCUACGCUCGUCGUGGGUGAUGACCUGCGCGUACGCUCCGUCCGGGUCGUAUGUCGCUUGCGGAGGGCUGGACAACAUCUGCUCGAUCUAUAGCCUGAAGACGCGCGAGGGCAACGUGCGCGUGUCGCGCGAGCUGCCCGGCCACUCGGGCUACCUGUCCUGCUGCCGGUUCCUCGACGACAACCAGAUCCUCACCAGCUCCGGGGACAUGACUUGCGCCCUCUGGGACAUCGAGACGGGCCAGCAGUGCGGGCAAUUCACCGGGCACACGGGCGACGUGAUGUCCCUCUCCUUGGCUCCGGACCAGCGCACCUUCGUGUCAGGAGCUUGUGAUGCGUCCGCCAAGCUGUGGGACAUCCGCGACUGUCAGUGCAAGCAGACCUUCCCGGGACACGAGAGCGAUAUCAACGCUGUUACUUUCUUCCCGUCCGGGUUCGCGUUCGCGACCGGGUCGGACGACGCCACGUGCCGGAUGUUCGACAUCCGCGCGGACCAGGAGCUGGCCAUGUACAGCCACGACAACAUCAUCUGCGGGAUCACCUCCGUGGCCUUCUCCAAGAGCGGGCGCCUGCUGCUGGCCGGCUACGACGACUUCAACUGCAACGUGUGGGACUCCAUGAAGAGCGAACGCGCCGGCAUCCUGGCCGGGCACGACAACCGCGUGUCCUGCCUGGGCGUGACGGAGAACGGCAUGGCCGUGGCCACCGGCUCGUGGGACUCGUUCCUGCGCAUCUGGAACUAGGCGGCCCCCCGCCCGCCCUCCGCCGCCGCCCGCUAGAUGUCGCUGCACUCACCGAGCUGUUGGGCCGCUUGGGUCAAUAUAUUUGGUCGGGUUAUAGCCUGUUGGGCCGCUUGCGUCAACGCUAUUCGGUCGGGUUAUAGGUUGAUGAUGGAGAGGAUAAGAUCUAGGGGUAUUGACAAGCGGAGUAAUGGCGGGUGUUAAGAUUCGAACACAGUGCUGACAUCUAGCGGGCGUUAGUACGCGGCAAUGAUUUUUUAACAAAAGAGGGCUUUUUUAGUUAAUUUUUUAGAGUGAUUGCGCGCGUGUUGGUCUCAUGAUCAUAUGUCACAUGAUGAUGUAAUGUAUAUGUAUUUAUUAUUAAUUAUCGCUAUGUAUGUAUGUAAUGUUAUGAUUAUUUGAUCGGCUUAGUGUAGGUUUGGGGGCCCCUAGCGGCUCGCACAACUGAACAUUAUGUUUUUUGACUUGAUGUACUUCAUCGCACAAGAAAUUAUUUAAACAAAUCCAACGUACAAGUUCUAAAAAACUUAGUUAAAGAACCAAAUAUUAUUAUUAAUGUAUCUAUUUGUAAUUUAUUAUGAUUGAUAACAAAAUGAGAACUUUUCAUUUAUAAUAAUAAUUAUUAUUGAAUGCUAACUAAUUUAUGAUUUUACUAUAAUGUACGUAGAUUUAAUGUAGUGCAGUUUAAUUGUAACGUGGAUGGGCUCCAUUUUGAAGGCUAUGCUGUUGCAAAUAGAGAUCAAUUCAUAAAUUAACUCUUAAAUUGGUACCUUAAAAGAAAUACACAAUUACAAAUUCCUUAAUAUAUAAUAUAGAUUGAUCAAAAGGUACCAGCCUUGUAUAAAUCACCACAAAACGUUUGCAAUGGCGUCGCCAUCGAAAUAUAGUCCUUAUUUAGUUCAUAAUAAGUAAUAGGAUUUAUGCCACAUGGAUCUCUAGGGAUGCCAACAAUUUAUUUAAUUAAAAAUUAUUCACAAUAUGCUAUCACACCCUUUUUACCUAACAUUUGACAAGCAACCCUUACAACUACAUGUUUCCUAAUCACAUGAUUUCAUUUGUGGGGGGGGGGAUUCUCGUGUUGUAUGCCUUGUCGUUCGGAAAUGUCGUGCACGCCUCGGAGAGCAAGCGUGUGAUAUAAUGUCGGAUACGAUCGGUAAUUCGCCCCCCGAUGCUGCCCUAAGAGUUGUGUACCAAGAGUUAGCUUCGCAUAUUCUAUGUAAAUGUGCGUGUUUUUAUAAUGCAUUUGUAUCUAUACCCAUUCCUUGAAGAUGUGUCUUUUACUGAUUUCUGGGUAAAUAUUUAGUUGGUAAUUGAUUAAAUGAACAGGAGGUAUGUAUUUAUUGAUAUGUUUGUAGCCUGACCAGAAGCUGAAGAUUAAGAUAAAUAAGAAAUGAAGUUUCGAAAUGGGGUCGAGAGACCCGUUCCGUUAUCCCGCCAUGGUCCGCCAUUAUUGUAUAGUUAAACCGGCAUAUUAUGUUUAUUUUCUGGUCAGGCUCUUAACAAAUUAUGAGUUAAUUUUUGUAAUCAUUUAUAUCGUAACUAAAUAGGAUGUAUAAAUUGUUUUCCUAAGCUACUUGUACUGUCUUUUUAUUGAAAAUACAAAUUACAAAUCUAACAAUCACCUUUCAAUCUCCUGCCACUUCGAUCAACGCUCACCUGUUCUAGGUAAGGUCACAAUAAAGUUAACGUCAUUUCAUACAUUACUAUAGUUUGGACCGGUCGGGAUUCGAUUCCGGGAAAUACGAACAGUAAUCGUAAGUUGUGUUGUAGAACUUGCUUGGUGUGUGCUCAACCGAUUCAUGAAUACAAACGGACAAAAUAAUGCAUUUUUGACAGUGUGUCUCAAUUCACAUACUUUUAGUUCUCAUCUUGCACGGAUUUACAAAGGGUACUUAUUACUUUCCAAAUAGGGUUGCUAGAUAGCAGUCACAGUCAUUGAAUCAAACAAAAUUACUCAACCCUGUAUUCAAAAUAAAGGCCUACAGCGACUGAAUAAGCAAAUCAUUAAACAAAUACCGGGAUUUGAACCACACGUAACCUUAACUUAUAUUUGAAAUCGUGCAAGGUUAUGUAUAAAACACAAACUCCUUUGAAUCGUAGUUACACAUUUUUGUAUGAUUUACAAAAUACAGAGACGUACACCCUGAGGUCUCGUCGGUUCAUUUGUUAGGAUAAGCUAGUUAUAAAUAUAAAUAGUGGUUUAAGGAUUCAAGCAUUUGUAUCUUUUUAAACAUUCUGCGUUGCUACUGGCGAUUGUAUUUUUGUUUGUGGCAACCCUGCGUGUAGGCUGCCCGCGCGUGAUGCGUGUUGCGUGUCACGCGCACGCACGGCGCUGCGGGGCGGGGCUCGCGCGGUCGCCAUGAUAAAACUAAUUAAAUUUAGUGUCAGUAUUCGUUUGCACAAUGUAUGAAGCGCUUUUUAUGGAAGUCGUGUUUUAAUUUUCGAUGUAUGGUUGUCGCGCUGUUUAUUUUACCAUUCAACUUAUUUGAACCUUCGUCUUAGAUAGGUUAUUAUAUAAUGUGUAGAUGUUACUUAUAAGGAGUAAGAGGCAUGAUGGUUCAACAUGUUUAAGGGGCACUUUAAUGUACUGGGUAUAUCAAUAUUUUCAACCAAUCAUUCCUCCUCACUAUGAUAUGUAUUAUUUAUUUAUCACUUUUCUAUAAUUACAACUACUACGUAUGAAUAGCACUUUUGUAUUGAUAUAUCCAAGGUUGAUGCUUUCGCUGAAGUGGUUCCGCUUCGUCCGGCAUAUCGUGGCAAUUUGCUCCUCCAUAUUUUCUUCUAAAGUUUUUGUUAAACUGUUUAUAGUUUACGAGUCUUCUAUUUUCUACCGGAGCAAAUUGUUAGUUGGUCUGUACUAGCAUCGCACAAUCAUCCAUUUGUCUCGAAAACGGUGUUUUCAAAUGUAUACAUGUAAGUUUAAAGGUUUCUCUGUCUAAAGUAAAAGUAUACAGCCGUUUUGGUGAAAAUUUGGCAGACAGGUGGCGCCCUCUAGGCGGCGAGCGGCGCUUGCGCCACGGAUUGAGCGAUAGUUUGGAGUCACCCUCUGCUAGAUUUAAGGUUAGAAAAUAAGACUUUUUUAAAAAUAAAAAUUGUUUUUUACUGUAACGGCUUCUUUUCUGAUGGAUGUAAGAUUUAAAAUACACAUUUAAACGAUAUGUAUAAUAUUUAAAGGUUAGAUUGGGAACUCCUACUUUUCUUUUUGAGUCUGACCAAUUUUUCUCACUUUUACAUCAAGUUAUUGGAAGGGACUGCCAUAUUAUAACCUGUAACUAUAAUAUAUAGUAUUUAUCUUACUUAUUACAUUGGGGAGGUAAUUUUUGCAUCCAAAAUGUACUAAAGGUUUGGUAAUUUCAAAACGAUUUAAGAUUUGUGCCGACAGUCUCAUUAAAUCUAUGAAUAACAAAUUGUGCAAAGCAUAGGUUUUGGAGCGUUUUGAAAUUGCCACUUAAUCGGAUGAAAAAAUUAAUGGGCAAUGAAAAUCGUUUCCUUAAAU